AUGUUCGAACAGUUAGCAGUCUUUACUCCUCAAGGUCAGGUACUUUACCAGUAUAAUUGUUUAGGAAAAAGAUUUUCCGAGGUACAGAUAAAUAGCUUUAUAUCGCAGCUAAUUACAUCCCCAGUAACUAAAAAAGAAAGUGUUGCAAAUGCAAAUACAAACGGAUUUGAUUUCAAUCUUCUUACAAUCAACAACGAAUUUAAAAAUUCAAAUUCAUUUUAUGCGCUAUUUUAUUUGAAUAAGCAGCCAGAGUUAUAUUUUGUAGUCACUUUUGCCGAGCAGACUUUAGAAUUAAAUCAAGAAACCCAACAAACACUAUCACUAGCGCUAAAGCUUUGGAACUCACUACAUUUAAGUGAGUCCAUUCAGAAAAACCUUAAGGGUCACAAUGAAAAGAACGAGCACAAUUAUAUCGAUGUUCUCCAAGGGCUUAAGGAGGAUCUAGAUAAAUUUGAUCAAUAUUUUGCGAUAAAAUAUGAAGAGUCAAUAAAACAAGGGCCGAUUAAUUCAAAUGACGCGGCCACGAAUGAAUUGGUAUCACAAUCUUAUAAUAAAAGUACCAAAAAGAAGCUGAAGGAUACUAAAAAUAGAAAGCAAAGUUCAGGAAAUGUUGGUAGUGGAAGAAAAUGGGGUCGUGAUGGUGGGAUGCUCGAUGAAAUGAAUCAUGAAGACGCCGCCAAGUUAGAUUUCUCAUCGUCUAACAGUUACAGCAGUAGCCAAGUAGCUUUAGACAGCACUAUAAAUAAAGAUUCCUUUGGCGAUAGAACAGAAGGCGGCGACUUCUUAAUCAAAGAAAUUGAUGAUCUUUUAUCAUCCCACAAAGAUGAGAUUAUAAGCGAGAAGGAAUCUAAGAAUUCUGGAUAUGUUAACACAGCGUUUGGAUUUUUGCAAAAACACGUUUUAGGAAAUAAAACCAUUAGUGAGAAUGAUUUGAAAACUGUAUUAGACAAAUUGAAACAACAACUGAUAACUAAAAAUGUGGCUCCAGAGGCGGCUGAUUAUUUAAUCCAACAAGUGUCUCGUGAUCUUGUCGGCUCAAAAACUGCCAAUUGGACUAGUGUUGAAAACACUGCUCGUGAAUCCUUGACGAAGGCAUUAACCCAAAUAUUAACGCCUGGUGUAUCUGUUGAUCUCUUACGUGAAAUCCAAAGUAAAAGAAGCAAAAAGGACUCUGAAGGUAAAAGUGAUCCAUACGUAUUCUCCAUAGUGGGUGUUAAUGGUGUUGGUAAAUCGACGAACCUUUCGAAACUAGCGUUCUGGUUAUUACAGAAUAAUUUCAAAGUUUUAAUCGUUGCCUGCGAUACGUUCAGAUCUGGUGCAGUUGAACAACUUAGGGUCCAUGUUGAAAAUUUAGCACAACUUAUGGAUGAUUCACACGUACGUGGCGUUAAGAACAAAAGGGGCAAAAGUGGUAAUGAUUAUGUUGAAUUAUUUGAGGCCGGUUAUGGUGGCUCUGACUUGGUGACCAAAAUUGCCAAGCAAGCUAUCAAGUAUUCUCGUGAUCAAAAUUUUGAUAUAGUGUUAAUGGACACUGCCGGAAGAAGACACAACGAUCCUACGCUAAUGUCACCAUUGAAAUCAUUUGCCGAUCAGGCACAGCCAGAUAAAAUCAUUAUGGUUGGAGAAGCUUUGGUAGGUACAGAUUCUGUUCAGCAAGCCAAAAACUUCAACGAUGCUUUCGGGAAGGGGAGAAACCUUGAUUUUUUUAUUAUUUCCAAGUGUGACACAGUUGGUGAAAUGCUGGGUACUAUGGUAAAUAUGGUCUAUGCAACAGGAAUUCCUAUAUUGUUUGUUGGUGUGGGACAAACCUAUACAGAUCUAAGGACACUAAGCGUUAAAUGGGCUGUUAAUACGUUAAUGUCCUGA